AUGAGUGUACAACAACAACGUAUACUGGAAAUUUUUGAAUGGUUAAAUAAAAGAGAUGAAUGUCCUUCUGAUAAUGAUUAUAAUGGAUCUAUGGGUGCUAGAAUUUCAUCGGUUUUUGUAAUUAUGGCUACUUCUGCCAUUGGUACUUUAUUUCCAAUAUUAUCUUCAAGAUAUAGUUUUAUAAGAUUACCACCUUGGUGUUUUUUUGGUGCUAAAUAUUUUGGUUCUGGUGUUAUUGUUGCAACAGCAUUUAUACAUUUAUUGGAACCUGCUUCAGAUGCUCUUAGUGAUGAUUGUUUAACUGGUCCAAUUACAGAAUAUCCAUGGGCUUUUGGAAUUUGUUUAAUGACAUUAUUUUUAUUAUUCUUUUUUGAAUUGGUUGCUUAUCGAAUGAUUGAUAGAAAAAUUGAAAAUAUGGGUGCCGGAGAAUUUAAUGGUCAAUCACAUUCUCAUUUUGGUGAUGAAUCAAUGUAUGUUAAAAAAGAUGUUGAUUUGGAAAGUAUUGAUAAAGAUGAAGAAGCAGAUUAUAAAACUGAAAAUAAACAAGCUGUAGAAGAAAAUCCCUAUCCUUCACAUUUUAGUCAUGCCCAAGAACAUCAAGAUCCUGAAUUAAUGGGUACUCCAGUAAAUGAUCAAAAUAAAGAACAAUAUUAUGGACAAUUAUUAAAUGUAUUUGUUUUAGAAUUUGGUGUUAUGUUUCAUUCAGUAUUUAUUGGUUUAUCAUUAGCUGUUUCAGGUGAUGAAUUUAAAAGUUUAUAUAUUGUUUUAGUUUUCCAUCAAAUGUUCGAAGGUUUAGGUUUAGGUGCAAGAAUUGCACAAACAAAUUGGCAAAAAUAUAAAUUUACACCUUGGAUAUUAGCUUUAUGUUAUACUUUAUGUACUCCAAUUGCUAUUGCUAUUGGUUUAGGUGUUAGAAAUUCAUAUCCACCAGGUUCUAGAAAAUCUUUAAUAACAAAUGGGGUAUUUGAUUCAAUAUCAGCCGGUAUUUUAGUUUAUACAGGUAUUGUUGAAUUAAUGGCUCAUGAAUUUUUAUAUUCUGGUGAAUUUAAAGGUAAAGAAGGUUUCAAAAGAAUGUUAAUAGCUUAUUUUAUAAUGUGUUGGGGUGCUGGAUUAAUGGCAUUAUUAGGUAAAUGGGCAUAA